AUGGCUGUUAAACUAGCAAUUCUCUUCACCACAUUUUUCCUAUUUAGCCUCGCCGAUGCCAAAAUCCCUGGCGUUUACUCCGGCGGUGCAUGGCAAACCGCACACGCCACCUUCUACGGUGGUAGUGACGCCUCCGGAACCAUGGGAGGAGCUUGCGGUUACGGGAAUCUUUACAGUCAAGGCUAUGGAACCAACACGGCUGCUUUGAGCACGGCGCUGUUUAACAACGGUAUGAGUUGUGGAUCCUGCUUUGAGCUAAAAUGCGCCAACGACCCUCAAUGGUGCCACUCAGGUAGUCCAUCGAUCCUCAUCACCGCAACAAAUUUCUGUCCACCAAACUUGGCUCAGCCUAGUGACAACGGAGGAUGGUGCAACCCGCCACGAGCCCACUUCGACCUAGCCAUGCCUGUCUUCCUCAAGAUCGCUCAAUACCGCGCCGGCAUUGUCCCCGUCUCAUACCGCAGGGUGCCAUGUAGAAAGAGAGGAGGGAUAAGGUUCACCAUCAAUGGUCACCGUUACUUCAACUUGAUUCUGAUCACUAACGUGGCGGGAGCAGGAGACAUCGUGAGGACGAGCGUGAAAGGAUCACGGACUGGCUGGAUGAGCCUGAGCAGAAACUGGGGUCAGAACUGGCAAUCUAAUGCAGUUUUGGUUGGUCAGUCACUUUCUUUCCGUGUCACAGGCAGUGACCGUAGAACCUCUACAUCGUGGAACAUAGUUCCUUCUAACUGGCAGUUUGGUCAAACCUUUGUCGGGAAGAAUUUCAGGGUGUAG